AUGAAUUCUACUGCUCUUCGCCCCCAGGGGUCUCAUGGCGGCAUCACCAAACGCGCUGGUGGUCGUACUCGAAUUGACAGAGACGGAGAUCUUGAUAUGGAUGGUCCUUCUGGAGGACGCGGUGGCCGUGGCCGAGGAAAUAGAAACAGGGGCGGUCGUGGUGGUGGGGCCGGUGCUGUUUCUAGAGGAGGGCGAUCGGGCGCUGGUUCUAUUAUCCCCGCUGGUCCUGCUGCCAGUCGUAUGGAUCUGAAUCAGAACAGGAAUAGGGGGAUCCCAGCGAGAGGUCCUCGGAAUGGAAUAGUAUCCGUUUCUGAAACACUAGUUGAGGUUAGAAUCACAGGGUGGAAGGAUAGCAAGGGUUCUGCGGAGGAGGCAAUCGCUUUCCUGGAGAGGAAGAGUCGAGUGAAGCUUCGAAAGACCUUAAAACAAGGAGACACCAUCAUCGCCCAGGUCCCAUUCCCAAAGAUUCACUCGAUUCUAGAAUGGAAUGACGCCCAAUUUGCAUCUUCCAAGCUAAGGCUAGCCGCACCCAGUCUCGGCAGACUCGACGUUACAGAGAGGAGUGAGGCGGUUAUCUCACGAGCCAAUCCAGCGAAUAAGGAUACCGUGGACACGAUCCUAGCCCUUGAGGGCGUUCUUGCGAAUCGGUAUAAUCCCGAGAGCAAAUUCCUAGAUCUAUCACGGCUCGGUGAGGAUGCACUCCUGAAGGCAAACGGCUUCUUCCAACUCAGCAGCACAACCAGCAAGAUGUUCCCAGCGCUCAUGCAAGUAGCUGAAAAGAAGUUCACGACGGCGCAGCAAAAACGUGACACGGUCCACAGCGUAUCGCUAGCAUACAAUAACCUAAAGGACGUCCGCACCGUCACGAGCCUGAGCGUAACGUUUCCGGACUUGAAGAACUUGAGCCUGGAAGGAAAUUCCAUCCAGGACUGGAACACACUGGACAGUUGGCGCCACAGGUUCAAGAACUUGGAACAGUUGGUCCUCAGCGGAAACCCGAUCACAUCACAACAGGGCUACGUAGAGGAGGCCUACCGGCGAUAUCAGAAGCUUUUAAUGCUGGACAAUAUCCCUGUGGACCCCGCGAUCAGACAAAAAAUCACGGCGGAGGGCGCAGCACCCGUCCUCCCGCACAAAGUCCAGUCAAGAUUCAUCCAGGACGACUACGGCGUCGGCAUGAAGUUCCUCUCCCGCUUCUUCGAAGCCUACGACGCGGACCGGGUCUCCCUGCUCCGCGAGUUCUACGACGGUGAAUCUCUCUUCUCCCUCUCGGUCAACACGUCCGCGCCGCGCACCAAGGAGCAGCAAAACACCCGCCAGUUCUGGGACGAGUACAUCCCCAGGUCACGCAACCUGAAGCGCGUCUCGCACUUGAAGGGCCGCACCGAUAGACUCGCCAUGGGGCCCGACGAGAUCGCCAAGUUGUGGGGCGAGCUGCCUGCCACCAAGCACGACCUUGCCAACGGUGAUGCUUGGAGCUUCGACAUCUGGCCUGUCGAGGUCACGUCCGGCGUCAUGGGCGUGCUAUGCACCGUACAUGCCGAGUUCCAGGAACUCAAUAAGGUGGACGGCCCGCAGAAGGUUGUCCGCCGGAGCUUCGACCGCUCCUUCAUGCUGCGGCCGGACGUUCUCGGUAAGGUUAAGGUGGCCAAUGACAUGUUGGUGGUCAGGGCCUAUGGUGGCUUCGAUAGCUGGAAGCCGGAGGAUGGGAGUGGGAGCGCUGGAGGUGGAGGGGAGCAGGAAAAAGGAGAAGCAGCGAAGAAGUCCAUGUGUGAGCAAUUGAUGGCGCAGACCAGGUUGAGGUCGGACUGGGCUACCAUGUGUCUUUCGGAGACAGGGUGGAAUAUUGAAAGUGCCUGGAAGGCGUUUUUGGAGGCUAAGGCCAACGGCGCAAUCCCUCCGGAUGCAUAUUUGCCCGAUUCUACCACCGCUCCUGCCACUGCCAUUGGCGCGAAUACUGCGGGUGGCCGAGAUGGGAUCUUAUAGGGUGGAUCCAUCAAACCCCUUUCCUGUCUUCAUGUAUCAGAAUCAUUGUACAGAAGUCACGGGCGACUACAGCUUUUGUUUCUCUCUUUUUUGCACAUUUUCAUAUGUUGGGUUGGCUGGCUAGGGAUGGGCUCCC